AUGUCCCAUACUCUUGCUACUCUUAAGCGACUUCUCAGUGAUUAUUACAACCAACUAGAAACAUUGGCAUUGGGUUUAAAAAAUGACGGCCUGGAAUCCAUCGACCCAAAGUCCGACGAGGAAAAUACUUUUUCAACUUAUGGUACCAACAACUGUUUCCAGCGCUGGGAAGACGUGGUAAAUUCUAUUGAGAAAGCUACCAUUGGAACCAAACAGCAGCUGAAAGUGUACUCUAAAGAAUUAGGCAGGCUAGCUCAACCUUCACUAAAGAUGGCUGAGGAAUUUGACGAGCAUUUGCGUGAAGUAAUCAGAUUAAUAAGUAUUGCCUCUGACUACAUGCUACUUCUACAAGUGCACAUAGAUUCCUUUAAGUCCCUCCGGGACUCACAAAGCAACCCAAGGGAAUCGGAUGAAAGCAAACCCAAUAAAGCGUUGAUGGCAAAUUCUGCGGUGGAACACCUACCCACAUUACCCAUUCCGAUAUUCAGCGGCGACAUAGACGAAUGGGACACUUUUUGGGAAUUUUUCAGUUCGAAUGUACAUUCGCAACCACUACCCGAGAUAUACAAGCUUAAUUAUCUUCUUUGUGCUCUUAAAGGCGAAGCUCUUGAAUCAAUAAAGAUGUUUCAAAUAACUAGAGAGAAUUAUCAAAAAGUGGUCGACUUUCUACGGAAAAAGUAUGGGAAUGCCGAAGAGCUUAUAUUCCGUCUUACUGAAAAGCUCGAGAAUUGCUCUCUUCGUUCUACUACAAUGUCUGACAAGCGGAAGCAACUUGAACAACUGGUGACAAUAACUGAACGGCCAAAUCAAAAAGGGAAGAACUUGGGUACUCAGCGGCUGGUCGAACAAUUUUUGUUGAAGUUUCCUCAUGACACACAACGCAAAGUACUUGCGAAGAAACAGAACGUUGUGGCGAACAGCCACUUCCGAAUGCAAGCACUCCUACAGUUUCUCGAGGAAGUUAUUCCCAAUGAAGGAAUGCUAGUACAUUAUGCUAGGCGUGAGCCGUCACCAACAAACAAUAGCAAUUUAGCUCGUCAAAAUCUGGAGAAAGGUCAUGCUAUAAGUGUCAGUGGAGGCAUCACACAUCGUGCUGCUUCCCAAAAUCGAAAGGCUUAA